AUGGUUUCUCGCGCUGCUGUCAAGCGGGCCCCCGCGGCUGAAAGACCUGUACGAACAGGGCGCAUCACUAGAUCAAAGAAAGAAGAGACAGUAAAAGUUUCAGUUUCACCUGACAGAUUCGAAGCUGCUGUCAGCGCCCAAUUCCUUCAACCAAUUUAUGGGACUCCCCCGGCCUGGUCAGAGGGUCGUCAGCAACUCUGCGAUGCAAUUCCUUGGUUUCGCUGCACCCAAGGCGCCAUGUACCACAGCGAAGGCUUCUGCUAUGGGUUUCUGAUUGAUGCCGACUGUGGAUCUCGCACCUAUAUCGAUGACGAGGUCAUCAUUACGAGAAUUGGUGGAUGCUGCACCAAGGACUCGGAGGGAAAUCUGACCCUCGAAAAAAACCAAGACCCGGAGAAUGCUAUUGUGCAAAGUAUCAUCGGUAGCAUGGAUUCAAAGCUUGCUGUUGGCCUUGUCAUCGGCAGCAAAAACAAGAUUCUCAAUCGAGAACUUCCCCAUCGGUAUAAUAUCAUGGACUGGUUCCGCGUUACCAAUGUCUGGUUUGAGAAGAUUGGUCAGAAACACGGGGUCAAGGUCCGGUUUGAAAAGCUGAGGCUCUGUGAGAAGAGCUGGUGGGCACUAAAAGACUCCUCUGCUCUGGCGACUCUUGAGGAACGAGAUUUCGAGACCAAUCCGGCAUCCCUCGCGUGCCAGAACUGCUCCAAGGACAGCCUUUUGCUGUAUAACGAAGGAUGGAUGUGUCUGAACCCUGGAUGUGACGAAUUUUGGAAGAUUGAUGACGCUCCCCCUCCCGGUGAGCUCACCUUCAACCCUGAUUUCUUGUUCUUUCGCCAUCGGCCAGACCCCGCAGUGCAGCCUCACUACAGUCUUGUACCGGACCUUCUAUCAACGAUAGAUGAGAAUGCCCCAGAUGUCAGCACAUCUCGGAUUGCAUGGAAGGGAAUUGUGUGCCCUGAAUGUUUCAAAUGCAUCCGUCGAACUUUCUGGCAAGGCUGGAAGUGUGAUGAUGACUCUACCAAUGCUGAGGAAUGUAGCAAGAAAUGUCCAUUCCAAAAGUUCAUGCACAUGAACCCGGUGUCUCUUCGUGUUGUCCUCAAUCACUUUGAGCUGGCUCCUGUCAAGCGAGCGAUUCUUUUCGACAAAAAGUUCAAGCUCCCAGCUAUUGAUGACAAUUCCAUGUUUCCGUAUCGGAAAUUGACUUACACAAUUGACGGUGUCGGCUCUAUCACCCACUACGUGUCUAACAGAGCCAUAAACAGCCGCGAGAAUGGGCCCGAUGAUCUUUUCGUGAAUCUUCAACGUGGCGAUCUCGGUUUGAAGAGAUUCCGCCUCCAGUCAAGUCUAGUUGCUGGCACCCUGACUUCUCACUUUGCUGUUAACUAUGGCAUGCCCUACAAAUACAUUGUGUCUGUCGAUUCCAAGGGCUUUGAUGAAGCACCUGAGGACAUGCUCCGAGCUCUAGGUCGCUUGUCCUGGGCGACAGAGAAUGCUGUAGUUUCUGCUGGGGAUAAGUACCUACCUCCAAAUGAGCUACUGACGCUUGGCUAUUUCGAAAAUAUGAAGAUAGGGUUUCACGACGACGGCGAAUCUUCAUUGGGCCCAAGCAUUGCCACCUUAUCUCUCGGGGCAAAGGCAACCAUGCUCAUCCGCAUGAAGUACAAAUACUUCAAUGGCUCUACUCGAAAGGCCGAUACCAAAUCGAUUGGUACCCUUCUGCAAGACGAUCCUGUCCUGAAAGAUUGCAUGUUUGAAGAUGAGCGCAAGACCCUCAAAAAAGAACUCCAUGAUGGAGAUAUCUCACAACAUGAGUAUGAUGCCUCUCGUCGCGCUCUCUUGAAGGGCCGCAAGGGAAAAGAGGCACCAGCCACAAUCAAGAUGGAGCUUCACCAUGGCGAUCUGGUAGUCAUGCAUGGAGAGAAGCUCCAGAAGUACUAUGAGCACGCCGUGGCACCUGAGAACAAGCUGCGGUUUGCUUUGACUGCGAGAUAUGUCAAGCCCGAACAUGUCGAUGCUCGAGAAUACAAGAAGGGCGAGUUUUAUUUGACACCUGAGCAGAUUUACGAUGGAAAGUGA